CUGACAUCUACGCGCAAGCAACAGCCCAGGCCAGCCCAGUCAGUACCUUAGGUAGUGGGUGUAUGCGUUGCGGGUUUGGAUUGAUUGAGACCACCUGAGAGGCCAGCAAGCACCACAUCACAACUUGAUCCAUCCUGAAAGCCGCCGCCUAGUGUCGCUUCCCGCCUCUACGGUAAAAAAGCCAAAAAAGCCAAAAGCCACCUUGGAUCACCAAAAAAAACUCUACGCACGGCCUCCUUGGGAACGAUACCUUCCCUCGCCUAUUGGGUGCUCUCCAGUCAGUCCAAAACCGACUUGCCUACCUACCCUGAGACGAAGCCUCAAUUUUGUCAAACGUCAUUGCCCUCAUUGCAGCAACGCACCGCGGGGGGACAAAAUUUUGCCUCGGCGUCACCAGGCAACAAACACAAAAACGCAUACAUCACCACCCGCUUUUGCCAAACGAGGCAACAAAAACCACUCAACAGCAUCCCCCUGCGCUCGGCGACGACCCUGCUCUUCCUUUUCUUCUUCUUCUCUCCCGUAGCCUCUGUGCUACAAAAAGCCUCAGGAGUCAACCGUAAGGAUGGGUCAAACCCUUUCGGAGCCGGUUGUCGAAAAGGCAUCGGCUCGCGGCGAAGAUGAGCGGUUUCUCUACGGAGUGUCGGCCAUGCAGGGCUGGCGAAUCAGCAUGGAAGAUGCUCACACGACGGUGCUCGACCUGCUUGCCAAUGAUGCCGAGGCCGCGAAACAACACAAGGGCAAGCUCGCCUUUUUCGGAGUGUUUGACGGCCAUGGAGGCGACAAAGUAGCUCUUUUCUCAGGCGACAAUAUACACAAGAUUGUCCAGAAUCAGGACACUUUCAAGGCUGGGAACUACGAGCAGGCGCUCAAGGACGGAUUUCUCGCCACCGAUCGUGCAAUCCUCAACGACCCGAAGUAUGAAGACGAAGUGUCAGGUUGCACAGCUUGCGUUGGCCUGUUGACCGACGACAAGAUUUAUAUUGCCAACGCCGGUGACUCGAGGAGCGUCUUGGGCGUUAAGGGACGUGCGAAGCCCCUAUCAUUCGAUCACAAGCCACAGAACGAGGGCGAGAAGGCAAGAAUCACCGCUGCUGGCGGUUUUGUUGACUUUGGACGAGUGAACGGAAACCUGGCUCUGUCGCGUGCUAUUGGCGAUUUUGAAUUCAAGAAGAGCGCCGAGCUUGCGCCUGAGCAGCAAAUAGUGACUGCUUACCCUGAUGUUGUGGUCCACGAUAUGGGCGAUGACGAUGAGUUCCUGGUCAUUGCAUGCGAUGGUAUCUGGGAUUGUCAAUCUUCACAAGCAGUCGUCGAAUUUGUCAGACGAGGAAUUGCUGCCAAGCAAGCCUUGGAGAAGAUUUGCGAAAACAUGAUGGACAACUGCCUGGCCUCCAACUCGGAGACUGGCGGCGUUGGCUGCGACAACAUGACGAUGAUUAUCAUUGGUUUCCUGCGCGGUCGCACCAAGGAGGAGUGGUACGAGGAGAUCGCAAGGAGGGUUGCGAAUGGCGACGGCCCCUGCGCUCCCCCAGAAUAUGCCGAGUUUCGAGGGCCUGGAGUCCACCACAACUUUGACGACAGCGACAGCGGUUACGAUGUCGACAUGGACCAGAGCAAGGGCAAAACGUUUGGAAUUGGCGGGUACAAGGGACGCGUCAUAUUUCUCGGCGAUGGCACUGAGGUCCUCACCGACGCGGACGAUAAUGCCAUGUUUGAGUCGGAAAAGCAGGACCUUGACAGUCAGGUUGCCAAAAAGGGCUCAUCCGAAGAUGACGGAACGACGGAGGACCAGACAGAUAAAAAGGAGGGCACAACAGACGGCAAGGCUGACAACGUGACCAAGGAAGCUAGCGAUGAGACCGAGGCCAAGGCUGAUCCUAAGGCGGAGACGAUUGACGCUGCUAUUAAAAAGGACGAGGAUGUCAAGGUCUGAACAUUGAUUGCUCAAGACAGCGAAAACUGAAAAUGAUGUUCUUGAAACGUUGUUUUUGACAGCCGCCGUCCCGCCACCUCUCCUGUCACCUACACUUUUGACCUCUCACCCUUCCUCCCGGUGUCUAUGCUCUAAUGACGCGGUCUAUUUCUCAACCCUCUCACUCGAUGGUAUGACGGUUUUAUGAUUUGGUAUCCGGAAAUAUAUCCUUUGUUUUUACCUUCUCUCUUUCGUUCUCUCUUUCUCAACUGUGUUCUUGUUUCUGCUCUGUCUAGCUUUGCUUCAUCAAAGUCGUAGGAAAAUACAAUACAACGCAACACCCUGUCAUACUUGUCGCUUUUUCUUUUUUAAUUCGCAAAUACAUACUGACAAGUGGCACGCCCAUGACGCGCCGAGGUUGGUGUAUGCCAAGCCAAAGUUAGCAUAUUGUCAUUGAAUCCCGGGCGCAACAUUUCCUGAUCAAGAAUCUAUUUUUAUUCUAUUUCUAUCGUUUUGCAUAUUACUCGUGCAAGCCACCAUGCGACGGCUGUUUUGCGCUCCUCUCUUUUCUAUUCUUUGAGGUGCUUUUCAUACAUUGGCCUUUCCCCUUUGGCUUAAAUUAUAUAAAUACAGGUUAGUAGUGUGAUUUGUACAGGUCUAAUUCAUUUUAUACAGGGAUAUACCCAAAGAAAAUCCUCUUUCGCAUCCGUCAGUUAUCAUGCAUCGUCUUGGAUUGCUUCAGGCUUCUCAGCAGACGACGAUUGUACACCUUGGUUUUCAGAAUCCUCAUGGGCAAAAUUCUCCCGACCCAAGUAAAGAUGCGAGUAGUCCACCUCCAAUUCGAUACGUUUGCGCGUUAGGAGCAAACGUUCGUUUCCUUUGAGGGGUCGGAGCGGGAUGAUGAACUUCAGACGUAGAAGGUCCUCUGGGAUUCUUGGCCGCGAUGAAAGCAAGGGAGAUGGCACCGCGGGAUUUUCGUCUUGCGAUGUCGAGGACGGCGUGGCGUUAGCCUUGUCCGUUUUGUCGUGUCUAUCGAACGAAGACAUGGUGUUGUGUACCUUGACGUCAACAAGGCUCGUGAGGCGUAAAAUAAUAUGGAGCGGGACUUGGGGACCGUAACCCGUAUGCCUAGCAGCCAAGCGAGUCUCUGAAUCUCGCAUAAAAGCGGCAUAGUGAGUUUGAAAAAACCCAGGCUUGAUCAGAUCGGCCGUCUUUACGGCGCAUAGCCACUGUUUCAUAUAGGUAGGUGCUUCUUCACCCGACUCGGACUUGACUUUUUUUUCCUUUUUUCUAUACCAUGUCAAGGAGCCAGUAAAUGGACUGACCAUAGUGCGUAACCGCCCAGUCCUAGCCGCUAACAUUGGUUGAUAGGCAAUGUCAGCUGGAGAGUUGAGCAUGUUGAAAUCAAUGCGUCUCAAUUGCCGCAAUGCUCUACCGAUGGCCCUCCAACGGUCCAGCUUGGUUGUUUUACCAGUCAAGACGGCAUAGUGCCACACUGUUGCAGCGGAGAUUGCCAAUUCCGUCUUCCAGAAAAGAUCAAAUAGCAGCUUGUAAGAGAGCUCGUCUAGGCGCCCCGAGUAUUCUGAACUGUAGGCCUUUAGCACCCUUAUUGCAAAGAAGUUCAGCCUGUGAGUGUUGGCGUAAGCAAGUAGAAUAUUUAACGCUCGGGGGUUUGGUUUUGCGGCAGGCGGGCGGCCAGGAGCGGCCAUGAGUUUAAACACCUCCAAGGCGUCCUCAAAGCGGCCGUGGUGGCAGAGGACUUCCAUGACAUCUAUGCCACCACUGCGCGUAAGCCAGGUUUCCCGUCCACCAUACAGCCCAUCAUGCCUGGCAAUUAUCUGAUUCAAAUCCAAGCCCUGUUCCAACGCGAGCUGGGUAUCAUGAGAUAUCAUGAUGGCUGCUAUUUGGCGAAUGGUGCUUGGGGAGUCGAGCAUGCCCUUUUCACUGAGGAUGUGGAGAAUAUAACGCUUGAUCUCGGCGCUUUCAAAUAAGCGCAGGGUGAUCAACCAGGUUCUGAUGUUUGGCAUGCAGUUGAAGCGAGCCAUGAAACGUAUCCAGUGAUGGAAGGUGCCGAGAUCUUUGAGAUGGCCAAAGGCCGCCAGCACAACGUUAAAUGUCUCGGUUGUAAUCAGUUUUUUGGGGUUGCGGGUUGCAAACCAGAACAAUCGUAAAUCGUAGCUGCCGAGAGUCGGUGCAAAGCGCCUAAGAAAAUUCAGUGCCCUAUGGCACGAAUUGAGCGUGAGGAAUGGGAAGGUUUCCGGAUCGCUGAAGAUUUCGUUGAGUAUAUCUGAGACUGCGUGAAUGUGGUCGCGGCUAAGUUUGUGGCGCGAAUUAUUCUUCUUGGCCAAUUUGAAGAGCUCGAGGUGAGUGAUGUGUUCUAUGUAGAGAUCGAGGCUGUCGCAUGUCCACUGGCUGGGGCGUGGUAUGUCUUCUACUACGGAAGGAUCAUUUGGAUUUAGUUGACCAAGUUUGGUAGCUGGACCGUAGUGACUAGUGACUUCUUCGACGUCGAACGGGGCAUGGUAAUACUGGCUGGCCUUUGAUUUCCUGACCUGGGCCUGGUGCGAAUCAGCAGCUACGACGGUUGGAGGUACGGCCUUGAGGGAAGCCUUCCCGACCGUGUUGAUUAUCAAAUCAAUGGCAGACUGCAAUCUAGACGGUGGACCAUGGAUGGUGAUAUCAACAGUCUCACAUCCCCCUUCGGUCUCUGCGGGACGCACAUCGGCUGCAAUUGCACAGCCACUCUUGAUCAUGAUGGCCCGGAUCCCAAAAUCAUCGGGCGAGAACAACUUUUCCUUUUUGAAAGUGGCCGUUGAUGCCUCGAGGAUGACGGUGCCCCAAGAAUGGCGUGGCGGGGUCAUGGAGGACAGGUCCUUGAGAAGCUCACGCCAGUCAGAAUCUGGCAUAGACCUCUCGUCCCGAAUUUUCUGUAUACGUAGCUGAGUCUUGAGACUCUUGAGGUGCCAGUACAUGCUUCGCUUGAGGUCCUUCAUGACAGGCGAAGGAAGAACUGGCGGGACCACGGCUGAAAGUCCAGGUGGAUGGGGCCGCACGGGAGCCUUAUCGAGGCGCGCGGCAAACGAGGAAGGCUUUUUCCUGCGGUGCUGCGAGCCUGGGCAAGGAGGAUCUGAUUCGGAUUGUGGUUCUGGUUCUGAUUCGGCUUGUGGUUCUGGUUCUGGUUGUGGUUCUGGUUCUGGCUCUGGGUGCUGAGAAUCGCGGGAAGCGCCAUGAUCGGCAGAAGGGGCUGCUGGCGUGGCAUCGGCUUCCAUGUGUGCAGGUUGGGCAUAUUGUCGGACUAGGCGAGGCAGCGUCUGACAAGGUCUUGCCAAAGGAACGCGGAGAACCACGCGCGAUGGUUGGAGCCGGGACCUACAUAUUGGCAUGAUGCUUCCCAGAGCAGUUGCUCACUACCUCGGCAUGUUGUUCCGGGGAACGAGGGUGUUGUGUAUAUAGACAAAUGUAAUCAAUUCCUUCAGGGAUUGCCUGUUGUUUGAC